GAUGCUGAAAAAGAACGUCAUCUACCUUUUUACAUUUAGCUUUAGCAAAAAUUAGCUAGGUGUUCAAUCAUAGAUAAAUCCUGCCGAACCAAGCGUAUUUUCUUUUGAACCGACAGCCUAAGUAAGAGCGAUAUAUUUGGCGCUCCCUGGUUUUACAGUGCCAAACAUGUAUGUAAAAGCCUUACGUCGAUGCAGAGACAUGUUGAAAGGAGAACUGGUCGUGUGAAACGCUGGCUAGCUUACUCAAAGCUAACUGACGAACAGGGGCCGAGAAGCGAAAGUGGCUAAUAUUAAGGACUGCUAAGCCUAUCACAACAAGGCUGGGUGUCUUAGCAUAUCUACCGUGAUCACGAGAAGAGGGGCUGAUAGAGUGAGAGUGAGAGAGAUUCCUUUCAUACGCACUAGCAGUGGGUCUCUCAGGGCAGAGCCAUGGGUGCGUUCCUGGACAAGCCCAAAACAGAGAAGUACAACUCACAUGGCGAGGGCAAUGGCCUGCGCUAUGGGCUAAGCUCCAUGCAGGGCUGGCGGGUGGAGAUGGAGGAUGCUCAUACAGCUGUGUUGGGCCUUCCAGCCCCUGGUAUGACUGACUGGUCCUUUUUUGCUGUGUACGAUGGCCACGCAGGCUCUAAAGUUGCCAAUUACUGCUCCAAGCAUCUUCUUGAGCACAUAAUCACCGCUAGCUUAGGGGCCGGAAACACACAAGGCUCUCAGUCUGGAUCAGACGGCUCCAACGCUUCAGUACCAGUUCCGCCUGCAGUGGAGGCUGUGAAAGCCGGCAUCCGGACAGGCUUCCUGAAAAUAGAUGAGCACAUGCGCAGCUUCUCCGACCUUCGAAAUGGCAUGGACCGCAGUGGCUCUACGGCAGUGGGAAUUCUUCUGUCACCUGAUCAUUUCUUCUUCAUUAACUGUGGGGAUUCUCGAGCAGUUCUCUACCGCAAUUCACAGGUGUGCUUCUCCACACUUGACCACAAGCCUUGCAACCCACGUGAGAGAGAGCGCAUCCAGAAUGCUGGCGGUUCAGUGAUGAUUCAAAGGGUUAAUGGGUCACUGGCUGUAUCAAGGGCCUUGGGGGACUAUGAUUACAAGUGUGUGGAUGGUAAGGGUCCCACAGAGCAGCUGGUUAGUCCUGAACCAGAGGUGUUUGUGAUGGUUCGGGCACCGGAACAGGAUCAGUUUGUGAUUUUGGCGUGUGAUGGAAUCUGGGACGUUAUGUCCAAUGAGGAGUUGUGCGAGUUUGUGAAAUCGAGGCUUGAGAUCUGUGAUGAUCUGGAGAAAGUCUGCAAUGAAGUGGUGGAUACCUGUCUGCACAAGGGGAGUCGGGAUAACAUGAGUGUUGUGAUAGUGUGUUUGCCCAAUGCUCCCAAAGUAUCGGAGGAAGCUGUGAGGAAAGACACUGAGCUCAACAGUUACCUGGAGUCUCGAGUUGAAGAGAUGCUGUCUCGGCCAGGGGAGGAGGGGUUUCCGGAUCUGGUAACAGUGAUGAGAAACCUGUCAACUGACAGCGGCAUGCCCCCUCUGCCACCAGGGGGUGGUCUUGCCAGCAAACGCAGUGUUAUUGAAGCAGUAUACAACCGUCUGAACCCAUACAGGGAGGAGGAUGGACCCUCCUGUUUCAUUUGAGUGGAGCGGAAUUGGAGUACCACUGGUAGCUGUCCAGCACAACUGCCUGAUCGAAAAUACAGGACCACUAUUCCACAUGAGAUUACAUUCAUUGUCACCUUUUAAUUUUUUCUGUAAUUCUUCUUUUUUCCCCACACUGAGAAUAACUGAAGCUGAAAUCUUGUUUUUAAAAACACCUAAUGUGGAGGACUGCAAAACUUCUUUUUUUCUUUUUUUUAAAUAGACAAAAUAUGGGUGGGGGGGGGGAGAGAGACACUGCGUUCAUGUUCCGACUCCAGAACUACAUCUACAAUAUAAACAGAGCAAGGAGGAGAGGCCAACAAGCACAGUUUCUCUUGCCCCUUGUUUUCUUUUUCUUUUUUUUUGGAUUUGCAGAGACAUAGGACACAGGUCUGAAUCUUUUAGGGUUCUGUGGUGCCUUGCUUAGACCAGAGAGAGAGAGAGAGAG